CACUAAAAAGAAUUGAAAGCAAGGAACUAGAAAUUGUAAUAGUUAAUAAAAUAGAAAGUAUAAAGUUUAGACAUGUCAACAACCAAACGUAAUAUUAAUUUAUUCCAGUUAUUUUCCCCUACAACAUAAAAUGUAACAUUGCUUAAACUGUGACACACAGUUUAAUAUAUUCAUUGUAUCAUUUAUAUCACAAGUAUGCCCGCUGACCUGCCAACAUUUGCCUUUAACAUUAACAGCAUGCGCAAACUAGUAGAAAAAUAAUUUGGCUAAACUGAUUAUGUUGCUUUCUCUUCCUUAAUUGUCAUGGAUAAUGGUUGACCAUCAUUAAGUGCACCAAAGAUAGCCCUGCCUACACAGAGGAGAUUUAUGACAGUAAUCUGCUGUCAUGGACCGCACCCUCUCGCUCUCCCACUCAUAGUCAUCCAUAUUCUGCUGUACGUUCUCCAAAAGAGGAAGCGACACAACCGGACCGUUUCACACCGCAUACAGUUCUUUAAUAAUGGAGAAGGAACACAACCCCCCUCCUUACUUCAAUGCUCAGCCGACCCAGACGGGCGUGAACUACCCCGGACCGCAGGCACACGUAAACUACCCCGGACCGCAGGCGCACUACCCUCCUCAAACAGGUCCACACACUGCACCUUACCAACCACCUCCAUACGGGUUCGGGGCUCCACCCACCAACUUCCAGCCUGUGAUGGUCCCUGUCGUUACGCAGUCAGCGGUUGUGAGUCUCACUGAUGUCCCGGGCCAUAUUAUCUGCCCUCACUGCAUGACGGAGGUCCUCACGGAAAUCGAAUAUUUAAAUGGGUUGCUCACCUGGUUAAUCUGCGGAGUUCUUGGGUUCUUUCUGUGCUGGAUCUGUUGUUGCAUUCCCUUCUGCAUGGAGUCGUGCAAGGAUGUGAAACACACCUGUCCAAACUGCAAAAACAUCAUUCGCAUUUACAAACGAAUUCAAUGAGUAAUCGAAGCUGUGUCAUUUGGAUGCUUCAUAUGGGAGUUUAACAUUGCGAAAUCCUGUAGAAGAGAUACAUUAUUAAUUACAAUAUUACAGAUGUGUAAAUGAAACAUUAUGACAGAAAUAUCUAAUGAUUGAAUUACACUGUCUCAGGAGGGAAGUAGCAAUCUUCCCAUUGGGCCUGUUUUUGAAAAAUUAAUAUUUUUUAUAAUAUGUGUAUAUAUAUAUAUGUGCAUGAAUAAAAUAAGUUCUAUUUUA